AUGACAGAUCUGUCGCGGAUCCUGCCGGACUUCCCAAUCGGCCGGUACGCGAAUCUGCUGCCCGCCAUCGAGAAGCACGGCUUAACUACCGCCGACCUGCUCACUCUUCAGAUCCCCGACAUCGGCAAGCACGCCCUGCAUGUUGACCUCGGUGUUUCCGAGAAGCAGAAGCAACAGCAGCAGAAGAAGCCGGGAAAUGGUGUUAAUAAUAAUGACGAGGCGAAAAGAGGUCCUACCAGCGUCUUAAGACAAACCGGCUCCGAGCUCCUAGCCAAACCUUGGAAUUCCAUUAGCACUCUAGAUGAUGAUCUGGACCGUGCUCUUGGCGGCGGCAUCCCUACCGGAUAUAUCACCGAGAUCACGGGCGAAAGCGGCGCCGGCAAGACGCAAUUCCUCCUAACGCUGCUCCUCGCCUGCCAACUCCCACCGCCCCGAGGUCUCGGCCGUCCCGCAUUGUACAUCUCCACCGAAGCACCGCUCUCGACCCAACGAUUAUCUCAAAUGCUCGCCAACCACCCCUAUCUGCGCACCCUGCCCCCAACCGAGCGCCCGACUCUUGACGGCAUCGUAGGCACCAUGACUCCGGACCUCGAGUCGCAAGACCACAUCCUGAGCUUCCAAGUCCCGGUCGAAGUAUCCCGGCGCAACGUAGGCCUCCUGAUCCUGGACUCCGUCGCGGCCAACUACCGCGCGGAAUUCGAGCGCGGCUCCGGCAGCGGCGCGAAAGGCGGCGCUAAUCUCGCCGCCCGCAGCCACGAGCUCGUGCGCUUAGGCCAGCAACUGCACGAUCUAGCGCGGAGACACGACCUCGCCGUCGUGGUAGCGAACCAGGUCGCAGACCGCUUUGCCGGGCCUGCUAAGAGCAGUGUUCCGCUACCAUUUUCGCUACCCCGCGUGUCGCAAGAAAGCCCCCUAGCAAACCGAAGCAGAGGAUGGCCCGCGGCGCCGCUGCCGCUGCAGCUCUCCGGCCUGGAGCCCCCUAGCAGCGGCACGGCGGAGCUGCUGCGCUCCAGCAUGCCGGAGCCACCGCCCGAGGAAGCCCCCCCCCCGCAGCCCUGCUCCUCGACCACCAGCAGCGGUGGUUCACGGGCUGGGGCGACGAGCACCCGCCUGAUCUGGUCGACGCAGAUCGCGGCGCGGCUGGCGCUGUUCAAGAGGCCGGUCUACGGGCGGAAGGAAGUACUCGACGACGAGGACGGGGAGACCACGACCAUGCUGCGCAAUUGGAGGAGGUGGAUGAAAGUCGUUUUCGCGCCGCAUGUGCCGGGGACGGGGCCGGGUCUAGAUGGGGCAGUGGAGUUCGAGGUUACGAUGGGGGGGUUGCGGGGUGUGGAUAGGAGAAAGAAGAAUGGCAAAGGGAAGGGGAAGGGGAAGGGGAAGCAGGAAGAUGGGGAGGAAAAGGAAGAGGAAGAGGAAGAGGGAAUAGAGGCGUGA